GUUCUACUCAUGGGGAAAUCGGGAUCCGGGAAAACAAGCAUGCGAAGCAUAAUUUUUGCGAAUUACAUUGCGCGUGACACCCUCAGACUUGGACCAACCAUAAUUGCUCGAUCCAUUGAGGUUAAUAUGUUAGUGGAUGUUGAACACACACAUAUGCGGAUACUCAGUGGUCUUGUAUUGAAUCUCUGGGAUUGUGGAGGGUAA